GUUCUGUGUUCAGUCUUUAGUUCGCGUGCACCGGUGGUUGAGUGCGGUCUAUAGCUAACGUAUCGGUUGCUAUUUUGAGUCCAAGGCACUCCACUCGCUCGUGGAACUCAUUUGUGGAGUAUUGAUAAGCCGACAAUCAACUUCAGUACGCUGUACGUGUAGCACGUUUCGAAAUCGAUACCAUAUAAUCGGCCGCGCAAAUAGUAAUCGAAUAUUUCAUUAGCCUUUUGUGUCUUUAUUGUUGUUGACUUGGACGUAUCGAGUUUUUAUUCGCGUAAAAUCUCUGAUAGGUACCGUUCGCGGGCGCCUAUUUUGUGAUAGGACUUUGUGAGAGACUAUUAUCUACACUUUGUUUGAGUUUGGAUUUUGUGGAUUGACGGAUGACUGUGGCUGUGAUACCGUUUCUCUGGGACCGAGAAAGAGGUGGAGCCAUGGAGAGCUGUUACAAACUGUACACAUGGAUCAACCAUACGCUGCUGAUGCUGCUUGUGCAGAUGUUCUGGAAAGUCAGCCAGAUAUCGGAUUAUUUUAAACCAAAGUCCGUAGAAGAGAAGAAGGCGCAAAAAUCAUUGAUGUUCCCACCUUUAACAAAAGAGUCCAAACAACGUAGACACAUCAGAUCAAUGUCAGACGUGCAGAGCAGUACACCAUACCGCUUUCCAUUCAGAUCAAGAAAAGGUCUACAUCCCACUCUUACCUACGACUCAGACACGCGUGCGAAGUGCAUAGCGUCAUACAGACGCAGAUUCAAUGAUUCGUCAGACUCGAGUGAUUAUUUCGAAGCACCCAAGUAUUUAAGCAUAGAACACAACAUCGUCAAACAUUCUGACUCCAUGAGGAUACUAUGAACGCAAGAUCUGACCGAGUGCGGCUGAAUAAUCUAGUUCAAAACUAGUUCAAUGUUCGUAUAAAGUUCAGUUCACACUGACUAUCUAAUAUCAAAGACAAUAUUAUAGUAAGUGCAGUGAGAUAUGACUUAAAGGACAGUCCUUAAAAAGAGAGUCAAUAGCUAUAACAUUUAAAGGACAUUCGGUUUAACUGUUUACUAAUGUCCUUUAAUAAAAAAAUUAUGUAAAUAGAAAUUCAAGACAAUAUUUUUUAUGAAUGACGUAGAUAAGUACUUACUUAAUUUACAUUAAUUGAUUCGUUGAAACAAAUCGUAAAGGUUAUCUAAAUAAUUAGUAGAGCAUCCUAAAAAUCCACUUAAGCAGAGAAUACCGUUUACUUUCUCCCUUUUAAUUAUCUUUUAAAGUACUUAGCUCUCAAAAAAUAUGGCAGAGAUUGUAGCGUAGACGUACACUAGAAUCAAACCUUUAUAAAAGUCUCUGUUGAACUCGAAAACUGUGAUGGAGACUUGGAGAGUUUGGUCGAUUUUAUUUAUCUAACUUUAUUAAAAAAAACUUCCAAUGCUGAUAGCUUUUAAUGUUAGAGUUAAAGAGAGUGAAGCUUUUUAGUUAGCUUCCAACACUGGUAGUCUGAUAGUGAGGUAUAAUGUGGAAGAUUGCGAGUCGAACCUUUUUAAUUUCUCUGUGAAACCAGCUUCAUUUUGUAGACUAGAAUCGAAGCUUUUUAGUUAGCUUCCAACACUGGUAGUCUGAUAGUGAGGUAUAAUGUGGAAGAUUACGAGUCGAACCUUUUUAAUUUCUCUGUGAAACCAGCUUCAUUUUGUAGACUAGAAUCGAAGCUUUUUAGUUAGCUUCCAACACUGGUAGUCUGAUAGUGAGGUAUAAUGUGGAAGAUUACGAGUCGAACCUUUUUAAUUUCUCUGUGAAACCAGCUUCAUUUUGUAGAAACUUUGAUUAUAAUUACACUCAUGAAAUUAAGAGUUUUUUCGUUUUUUUACAGUCAAUACUUAUUUUAUUCUAUGUUAAAUCAGCUUCGAACACUUUGAUAUAUAUCAUAAAGAAUGAGGAAAACUGUAAUCUAACUUUAUGAAUUUUCUGUUAACUAAGCUUUCUGCGAACUGGUGGUAGAAAAUACUUUUUUUUUAAUUUGUUAAUGAGCUUGUAAAACUAUAGGAGGGCUGCAGAGUAUGAUAGACUAGAGUAGAAACUCUUUGCUAUUCUACCUUUCAAAACUCAAGACUCAAGAAUUAGAUUCAUUCAUAAUUUGGUAUAUAUAAAUACCUACCUAUGAUAUAAAAGUAUUGUCUUGACCUACUUUACUUAAUAAUAGUAUGUAUUUGAUCGAGUUCUUAGAUCUAGCGUGAAAGCAGUGGCGUGCACUUCAUACACGCACAAAAGCACUGCCUACCAAUUCUUUUAUAAAACUUGUUUAAAUGGAGUUUUUUUUACCAUUUGAUGCCAUAUUUCAGCUUUAUGUCUGCCCUGGUCAAAAACUCUGUGCACGCCACUGUGUGAAAGUGGCUUCGAUGUUACAGAUGAGACUAGAUUAUAAAAUGUUCAAGGACUGUGCAAUUCUAGUUAACAUUAACCCAUCGUGAUCGGUUUUAGUGAUUUCUAUGAGACUGUGAUUGUGUAAGAGCUAUGGUUAUUUAUGUAUAAAAACAGAAUAAUAAAAAAAAGUGAUUUAGAUUGUAAUAAACUAUUUUUUGUAAGAUAUUUUAGAAAUGACGCGUAGAUCAUAAAUGUAAAAAAAAACCAUCAGUCAAUUAAAAAUAUAUGUUAAAGAUAGGUAUAACGUUAUUAUCUAUAAAAUAUGCUGUGCCACCAAUAUUUUUAAGUUGUUUUUCUAUUUAACCCUUUUGGGACAACAAAAGAUCAGCUCCAGUUCAAUUUUGACUUACUACCACAUAACAGCAGUAUUAUUAUAUUAAAGAACAAGUUUUGCAUGACGUACUUGUACCUUGACGUCCUUAAAAUAAGGAAUAAAAUUCUAAAACAAGAGCGGCAACAAUAAUAAAAUAAUACUGCUUUAAGCGAUGGUAGUGAAUUCUCCGAUACAUCAUGUAGCAUAAUUAUCUUAUUUUAUAUUUAUAUACACAAAAUAUCUUAAGCAAUACCUAUAUGUAGGUAGGUAUACUAAUUAUUUCUACGACCCACUACUGCCUUGCUUUUUAUAUAAUUUACCUACAUGUACUGAUAAUUAAGUUCAAAUUGCACAACGAUGUAAAGAAACGCGUGGGUAUAAAUUUACAAAUCUUGUUUUUAAGUACCUACUUUAUAUUUUGUUGUUUAUUGAAAGUGAGAGGUAAAAUUGCGAAAAAUUUAAACGAACAUGCCAAACGGUAGGGUUGCCAACAUUAUGAGCAAAAAGUACGUCAAAUUUUAUUUGGCAAUGAUAAAACCACAAUGAUCCAAGGCACAUGUAUAUACAUUUUUGUCUGGUGGGCGGCAUCGGUUGUAUCUAGUUAACACCCUACCGACAAACACAUGCGGCUAAGCGGCGAUUGGGAACGAUGUCGCGUAGAAACUGAUUAGGAGAUAUGGGCUUAAUAUAACUUCCAUAAUACCUAACAGGUUCGCCCGCUACUAUCUUAGACUAACACCAUCACUUACCACCAGGUGAGAUUGCAGUCAAGGGCUCACUUGUGGAAUUAAAAAAAAACCAAUACAAGUUAGAACAUAACAAGUUGUAUUAGGCACACCGCACACACACAAUUAUCUAUUGACUAUAAUCUGAAUAUUGCCAAUAAUAUUGCCUGUGUGCGAUUGAAGUAUUGAAGUAUUUAUUGAGGGAUUAAUUGAAGUCUGAGGACUACGAGUCACUCAGUGGGUGAUGGAUUAAAUAAAAAAAUGACAUCAGAAAUUACUAGUAUCCGUAGAAGAGCUAGAGUUACCGAAAUAGCUCGAUGAGCCGCAAAGCUUAAGCAGCAAUUAGCAGAGCUCAAAGCUAGGAAAACCGAUGGACGUUUGGGAUCUAAAGGUACAGCAUUUGCGACCCCGUACCGGUAAAGCAGCGUUGCUCGACCCCCAACGAGGUGGGCAGAUGACAUCAAACGAGUCGCUGGGAAACAUGCGGGCAGUGACUGUGGAUUAUGGAAGGCCCCACAUAAGACCUGUGUUCAGCAUUAGACGUCAAUUGGUUGAGAGGCUGAUGAUAAUGAUGACUCUUGGAUAACUAAUGACAGUUUUCAUCAACGAUGACCAAAGCAAUCCCUACAUAAGUAACGCCUAAUCUAAGGAGCUUCUUAGGCAAACAUGAACCAUUUACCCAGCAAAUUACAACAUACAGACAUAAUACAAUAAGGAGUAAGUUGCAUCGUUGCGGUCAACGGGUCACCUACUCAGCUCAGUGCCGCAGUACCAGGGCCAGUAAGUACCUGCCAAGGAAUACUGCAAAGCUGGUUUUUAGGAGGGACCCUGAGAGUUUUUUUUUUAAUAAGCGUCUCCUGAAGCUUUAGGCAUUUAGGUGUUACCUACGUUUAGUGAAAACGGACACAAGGUUUUACCAUCGUCUAAAUGACUAUGGUAAAACCAUCUUUUUGUUUUCGCUUUUUGGUUUUUUAACUUUUUAUUUUAUUGUUUAGUAAAAUAAAUGGAAUGUCUGUCAUGUGUUAUGGCAUUAUGUAUGGGUGGAACCCUUUUCAUUUUAAUAAAUUAUUAUGUGACACAAAAAAGUGCCUUACGAGAAUAUUUCUGUAUGUUUAUUUUGUGAAUACGAUCUCCUUAUUGUAGGGUGCCUGUCUGUACCUGUAUUUGCGUACGAAACUUUGGUCCUCGGGCAACUUUACAUGAAGUGUUUCAAAACUAUCUAUAAGCACCUACUUAGGUAUAAUAUACGUAAUACGCCAUGA